CUUAGCGUGGAAUAAAAACAAAUGUUUUUGUUUUCAAUUUGAAAUUGCCUUAACAAAUAUGUUGACGGAGGACGCAGAGGCUGCCUUUAAACGCCACGAGGGCAUUGUAACCCAGGUGAAACAGGCCUACGAAGAAACUAUUGAAAAAAUCUUUGGAGACUUAAGCCCCUCUGAUUUGGAAGCAUGUGCAGCCAUUUAUGAGGAGCACGAGGAUUCAGCUUUGGAUACCGAAGAUAUCAUAAAUCGCACUCGAUGUCUUAUGACGAAGGCAGUUCUCAAACUGAAUGGAUGUUUCUUUGACAGCAAUGAUGUUGGAAAUAAGCUAACCAGUUUGGAGAUGCUCAAGGAACAUUUUGCUCAAUAUGAGGGCAAAGAUUGGCACUGGAAUUUUAACACUACCGCCCCCGAAGAGCUCACUCGUCCGUUGCGCAUGCGCUAUAUGGAUUUCAGCCUUAAUUUUAUGGAGCAACAACUGGAGUCUCAGGAAAAAGAGCUCGAGAUUGCUAUGGCCAAAAGCAAGGCUAAUCGUGAGCGUAUACACAAAGUACAGGACGAACGACUGAAACUGAGUGCCCAACUAGAGCAGCAAUUAUCUCAGUAUCAGGAAAUCAAACCGGAAAUAAUCAAGCUGGAACAGACAAUAAAUGAUUCGUAUUUGACAACGGAGAAUUCCAUAAAUAAAUAAAAUGAUAUGCUGUAUUUUGUGUUAAAUUUAA